AUGGUGAGCAUAAAGUGGCUACUGUUGAUUGGGUUAGUAAGGUCAGUACUUGGUGAUGUCUCCAUAGUUGAGCCCGGUUACUUAGACAAGUUUUCGGGUGCAUCAGGAUCAGUAAAGAUGGCAGUCAGGUGGAAAAAUGACAACUUCAUCUACCCAUAUGCUGAUCAAAUCAAUUUUUACAAUGUGACACUAUGCAGAGGUACUAAGUACGGUGUCGAGUGUAGACCAGAAAAGCUAGCUCAAAAUGUCGAUGCUCGUAAGCUACCGGAAAAAGAUGGACUCUUUUCCGUUGAUGUGGCAAUCGAUGGAAAUGUCAUUGGAGAUGGCUUUUUCACUAUUCAGUUAGCUUCUUCUGCCGGGCUUAUGGGCUACACGAUUGUCUACUCAAAACCGUUUCAGUUGACGGAUAUGAAGGGAUCAUGGGACUGGAAAGGAGAGUAUAAUCCAUACCCAGUAGAGGAAUAUCAAAUUACAGCAGAUCUACAAGGUAGACCUCGUACAUAUGGUGCUGAGUAUGCGAAGACUGCAUAUAGGUUUCAGACAGGCUUAACAAGGUUUCCACCUCUACAGACACAGCCCCCAACUAAGAAAACCGCUACCACUUGGGUUGCAGCAAAUCCUUCCACAAGUGUAAGUUACUUCAAAACUCCCAUUAAUAGUAUAAUCCAGGAGACUACUAUGUCAAUGUCGGGACCCUUUAUUACACAAGUAGUGAAUCACGUGCCUCCACCUUCAUUCCCUACAGAUAAUGGAGCUGCAUAUAAUCCUAAGGACAGGAUCAAAUUUACACCAAAGAAGGUUAACUAUAACCAACUUGCCACGAAAAGCGCAUGA